AUGGAGGUGAUGGACAGUUGCCAGUUUUCUCCAUCCGAGUUCUUCUAUGACAGCUCCUGCAUCUCUUCCCCGGAAGGCGAGUUCGGGGACGAUUUCGAACACGGGCUGGCUGCCUUCGGAGCCCACAAAACAGACGGCCCCUGGUCCGACGAAGAGGAGCAUGUCAGAGCCCCCACAGGGCAUCAUCAAGCCGGCCACUGCCUCAUGUGGGCUUGCAAAGCCUGCAAGAGAAAGUCCACUACCAUGGACCGGAGGAAGGCAGCCACCAUGCGCGAGAGGAGGCGCCUGAAGAAAGUGAACCAGGCUUUCGACACGCUGAAGAGGUGCACCACUGCCAACCCCAACCAAAGGCUCCCCAAAGUGGAGAUCCUGAGAAACGCCAUCAGGUACAUCGAAAGCCUGCAGGAGGUCUUGAGAGAGCAGGUAGAAAACUACUACAGCCUGCCAGGACAGAGCUGCUCUGAACCCACCAGCCCAACUUCCAGCUGCUCCGACGGGACGGCCGAAUGCAGCAGCCCUGCCUGGCCCCGGCGGAGCAGCAGCUUUGACGCUGUCUAUUGCCCGGACACACACAGCGUUUGUUCCACAGACAAAAGUACUACACUGUCCAGCUUGGACUGUUUAUCCAGCAUCGUGGAUCGUAUCUCUUCCACCUCCGAUCCAGCUGCGCUGCCGCUUCGGGACACCGCCUCGCUCCCUGCAAACGCCAGCCUCGAUUCCCAGCCAGGCUGCGGCACCCCUAGCACCCCUCCUCAUUCCAGGCUCAUCUAUCACGUAUUAUGA